AAAAAUUACAAUCUUUAUCGACAAACUCAGCAUUUUCCCCUUUCUAUCAACCAAUUCAUCAAUCGCACUAAACUCAACUGGUCGGAAACCUCAGUCGGAGUUCGCUCGUCGGCCACCACAAACGCCUCCAGGGAAGCAAUGGCAUGGAGAGGAAAUCUUUCAAAGAACAUAAAAGAGCUUCGGUUUUUACUGUGCCAGUCAUCUCCUGCAAGCUCAUCUGCAAGGGCAUUUAUUGAGAAGAAUUAUAAGGAACUAAAGACAUUGAACCCAAAAUUGCCAAUAUUGAUCCGUGAAUGCAGUGGAGUUGAACCCCAGUUAUGGCUAAGAUAUGAUUUGGGCGUUGAGAAAGGCAUCAAACUAGAAGGCAUGACAGAGCCACAGAUUUCUAAGUUACUUGAAUCUAUGGUUAAAGCAGCGGCGGCUUUUAAAGCUUGAUAUUACAGCUUAUAUUCACUGUAUGAAAUGGAAUAAAUGUUAUGUUGCACUCGUUAUUACAGUGCGACUUUUGGUCAUUUCAAGGAUGAACCUGUUGAGUUUUUAAGUUGAAGGUCUCGGGUUAUGCACUGCGAGCACAUUUAUGUUGAGAUGUUUUUUCAAAACACAGAUUAAACCUAUUUAAUUGGAUUCAUAUGAUUUUUCUAA